AUGGGGGCGCGUCCACGGCGGCUGCCCUUCCACGCCGUCUCUGCCCGCCCCCGCCGCUCCGCUGUCUCCUCCGUCUCCGCCUCCUUCCCGCAGCAGGCGCCGGGACCGGGCAAUGGAGACGAUGCCAACGGGCCCACCGGCGUGCCCAUGCCCUUCUCCCGCGAAUCCGCCAUCACGCUGCCUCGGCCACUAACGAUCACAAAUCUGAUGGGGGAGGCCAGCGGGGAAGGCCUUAGGCACGUAGUUCUUCAGACACAUAAUGUUCAACUAUCGGGGUCUCUUUGUCAUGCCAUCAAGAGUAUGGGAAGUCCGAUCAUUUGCUGCUCAAAAUCCGACAAAUCGAAGGAGGAAUGCGCGAGAAGCAAUUCUAUCAUCAAUGGCAAGCUCAACAAGAUGAACCAUACAGGCGAGGAACCUCCCAGGCGCAGCAACUCCUCCGUCCAAGUUGAGCGCUGGGCGUCGUCCACCCUGUUGGCCACCAGGACGUACGAGGCGACGAUUGGCAGUCUCGGUGGACCAGACGCCAACAUGCCGAUGAGGCUGAGAGCCACAAAUAGAACAAUAAAUUCAAGGUUUUGCAGGAUCCAACGUGUCGCAAAGGCUGGCUGGUUGAUUGACGCGGACUACUGCGGCCCGGUGGGCAGUGUGCUCUUCAACGACUCGGAGGUGGACUUGGCUGUGAAGACCGGCGACCGCGUCGCACGGAUGAUCAUCCAGAUGUUCACUAUUGUAUCUAUGAAUGCUUCAAGUGUUAAAGAUGGUUCUGUGACCUGA